GUCACUUCUCUCUCUUAUUUUCUUCUGUUCCAUUCCAUUCUUCUUUAAAAUCGUGUUAGAUUGAGAGACUGAGUGAAAAAAAAAAGAUAGAUAAAGAUAGACAUGGGAGAAAGCCAUGGAUCAUCAUCAACACCAUCAUCGUUUUCAAGUUUGCGAUCAUAUGGAAAAGCAAUAAUUGAGAUCCCGAAAAGAUUACACCGAAGGGCCGGUUCGGUAACAACAACAUUUGAAGAGAUGAGCCGAGUUAAAGCACGAUCCGGCUCAGACAUGCAUAAAAGUUUAAGAUGGUAUGAUUUAGUUGGGUUUGGAAUUGGUGGUAUGGUCGGUGCUGGUGUUUUUGUUACUACCGGUAGAGCGACUAGACUUUAUGCUGGUCCGGCUGUGAUUAUUUCUUAUGCCAUUGCUGGUCUUUGUGCUCUUCUCUCUGCUUUUUGCUAUACUGAAUUUGCUGUUGAUAUGCCUGUUGCUGGUGGUGCUUUUAGUUAUCUCAGGAUCACCUUCGGGGAAUUUGCAGCGUUUUUAACUGGUGCAAAUUUGGUAAUGGAGUAUGUUUUUUCUAAUGCUGCUGUCGCUAGAAGCUUUACUGCCUAUUUAGGAGCAACUUUUGGGAUAUCUGCAACAGAGAAAUGGAGAAUUACUGUUUCUGGACUUCCUGAUGGGUUUAAUCAACUUGAUUUCAUCGCUGUUGCCGUCAUUUUGAUCAUUUCACUCAUCAUUUGUCACAGUACAAGAGAAAGUUCAGUGAUGAAUAUGGUGUUGACAGCUUUGCACAUACUGUUUAUAGGAUUCAUUAUAGUGAUGGGAUUUUGGAAAGGAGAUUCAAAGAAUUUUACAGAACCAGCGAAUCCAGAUAAAAACCCAAGUGGGUUUUUCCCAUACGGAAUAUCAGGAGUUUUUAAUGGAGCGGCAAUGGUUUAUCUAAGUUAUAUCGGGUAUGAUGCUGUUUCAACAAUGGCUGAAGAAGUUAGAAACCCAAUAAAAGACAUCCCAAUUGGUGUUUCUGGUUCUGUCUUCCUUGUCACCAUACUUUACUGUUUGAUGGCUGCAUCAAUGUCUAAACUUGUGCCUUAUGAUGCAAUAGAUACUGAAGCUCCAUUUUCAUCAGCAUUCAAAGGAUCAGACGGCUGGGGAUGGGUUUCAAAUGUAAUAGGUGGUGGGGCUAGUUUUGGUAUAUUAACAUCUUUGAUGGUUUCGAUGUUGGGCCAAGCUCGUUAUCUAUGUGUAAUCGGGCGGUCUAAUAUCGUUCCAUCUUGGUUCGCGAGGGUCCACCCUAAAACGUCAACUCCUGUCAACGCUUCGGCUUUUCUAGGGCUUUUGACAGCAGUGAUAUCCCUGUUUACGGACCUCAAUGUCCUCCUAAAUCUAGUAUCGAUCGGUACACUAUUUGUCUUCUACAUGGUAGCCAAUGCAGUAAUAUAUCGACGAUAUGUUUCAAUUGGAACGACAAAUCCGUGGCCGACAUUUUCGUUUCUUUUCUCCUUUUCUUUCAUUGCCAUUUUAUUCACUUUCCUUUGGCAAUUUGCUUCACCGGGGAAGACAAAGUCAGUCAUACUUGGUACUUGUAUGGGUAUCUUGGUUGGGAUUUUACUAGCUUUUAACAUGCUUGUUCCUCAAACCCGUAAACCUGAGUAUUGGGGUGUUCCUCUGAUGCCAUGGAUUCCUUCUAUUUCCAUCUUCUUGAAUGUUUUCUUGCUGGGUUGUCAAGAUGGUCCCUCUUAUAUCAGAUUUGGGGUUUUUUCGGGCGUCGUCAUUCUUUUCUAUGUCUUUUACAGCGUUCAUGCAAGCUUUGAUGCAGAAGGACAGUGUUGUGCCCAAAACUAUAAGGAACUCGAAAGAAAUCCAGAAAAUAUUACUGAAAAUGGAAGUAUCAGUAAGGUGUAAAAAUGUAGAUUCUCAGUAGAUUUGAAGGGUGAGAUAACCAAACUUGGGCAGAUGAGUUACAUCAUUUAAGCUAAGCUAGAUUGAUGUAUUUUGUAAGUGAAAAAUGUACAUUUUCUAACGAGUAAUUAAUCUGCAAAUUAAUUCAUUUUCAAUUAAUAAAAGAA